AUGAAUGUUUUGAGAGGAAUUGGAGUCCCCGAAUCGAAUAUCCUUGUGCUGCUUAACCGUCAGCCUAGAUCACUUUUGUAUAAUCCGGUUCGGCUUAAGGAGAUUGUGGAGGAAGCCGAAAGAAUGGGGUUUGAUCCUUCAACGAAGAUGUUUCUCAGUGUGGUUAUUGCUUUGAAAUCAAUGACCAAAUCCACACUAGAGAAGAAGUUUGAUGUUUAUAGGAGAUGGGGUUGGUCUGACCAAGAGAUUCACGAAGCUUUCCGGAGGCAUCCGUUGUGUAUGACGGUUUCGGAGGAUAAGGUCAUGGCUAUAAUGGAUUUUCUCGUGAAAAAAUUGGGCUACAGUUCUACUCUUAUUGCCAAACAACCGAGUAUUUUAUGGAAGAGCUUCAGGAAGAAUAUUGUCCCAAGGGCUUUGUUUGCUCGAGAAUUGUUAUCACAAGGUUUGGUUAAUGACUUAAAAUUGUCUGUAUUGUUUGACACAUCGGAAAAGGUGUUCAUUAGGAUGUUUGUUGACCGUUUCGUAAACAAAGCACCUGAUCUCUUGAAGCUUUACAAAGAAAAACUUAAGAUUUCAGAAAAAAACAAACAUUAG